UCAGCUUGCCAUCAGCACGGGUUGUCAUUUACCAUUGUGCUCUGUUGCCAUGGAAGAUUCACCCCUUUUUACAUCUACCUGACUCCUUUCAUCACAACAUGACAUACAAUGACAAUGACUACAAUCCGGUGUAAUGACAUUUAGCAUUUGAAGGCAGUGCUGUCAUGUAUACUCAUAGUGAUUUACCUACAUCCUUUGGUGAGGUGGCUGGCAACUAGGCUCCAGUCACUGAAGGAUUAAUUGGAUCUGAUUCAAUAUAUUUAUACGCACAUAUAAGAUCAUUAUUAUUGGAUUAAUAUGGGAUUUAGCAGAUACACUAUCAUGGGAUGACAGAAUCGGAUUUGUUGAGAUUUCAAGCUAGAGAUUGCAGUUUUGAGGAUGUAACUGCUGCAGAUUAUAGUGAUAGUCAGCAGCAGCAACAACGCAAUGAGUGUUCAUACUUGCUAGAAGACCAUAUUCCUCUGGAAUCCAUCCAUCAGAACUCUGCCUCUCCCCCACUGACAGAGUGCCUUUCUCGUCCCUCCACUGCAGGAUCGCUGUCAGAGAUAUGUCGUAUAUGUCACUGCGAGAGCGAGGUGGACAACCCCCUCAUAUCGCCAUGUGUUUGCUCGGGGAGCCUGCGCUACGUGCACCAGGACUGCCUGCAACAGUGGAUCAAAAGUGCCGAUACAAAGUCAUGUGAGCUCUGUAGAUUUGAGUUUCGUAUGACAACAAAGACAAAGCCUUUCAGAAAAUGGAGGAAGAUGGAGAUGACAACGAUGGAAAGGAGGAAGAUUAUUUGCUCAGUUACAUUCCAUAUCAUUGCUAUAACUUGUGUGAUCUGGUCCCUUUACGUGCUCAUAGACCGGACUACAGAUGAGAUUGAAAAUGGUAUGCUGGAGUGGCCAUUUUGGACCAAACUGAUUGUGGUCUUUAUCGGCUUCACUGGUGGCCUCGUGUUUAUGUAUGUACAGUGCAAGAUGUAUGUGCAGCUGUGCAGAAGAUGGAAAGCGUAUAACCGUGUCAUUCACAUACAGAACUGUCCACCGAAUGCAUCCGUGAAGUUCAUCACUCCAGUGGAGAAAAUUGACUCAGAGAGUUUGAUACAGGAGACAGCGUUACUUUAAUUUAAUGUCAUUACUGUUAUGAAGAUUGCCUUUCCCCACAUUGCUGUGGUCUAGAUAUUUAGAAAAUUUCUGGACUUAGACCCCGUUCCCAUACCUAGAUCAAUCUAACAGUUAUCAAUCCAUCUCUGAGGGGUUUCUUGCUAAAUUGCUAUCAGGGUAAGCAGCUUAAACGUCUGGCAAGCCUACUGAAGCUGCUAAAAGAUAGUUAAUUAGAUAGUUAAUUAACUGUAACAGCUUCAGUAAGCCUUCCAAACAUCAGAGCCACUUUAGCUGAAAGCAAUUUAGCGAGAAACUCCUUGGAGUUGGAUCAAUCCUGUUAGAUCGAUCUAGGUAUGGGAAUGGGGUCUUAGGUACCAGCAGUGCUCUUUCGAAAAAUGCAUGUAAGGUUAUGAACAGUAGGACUUCUUCCAAGGACAGGGUUUCCAUAUGCCUUGUGUUAAUUCUAAGGAAUUGAGGGUGACAGUGAUUGUAAAAUAUAUCAGCUGUAUGGGAAUAAUUUGAUUCUGUAAAAUCUGCUUGAGAGAUUGCCCUUAUCACAAAAUACCCAGAGGGAUUAUUAGAUUAUCAUAUCACAGAACAACCUUAUAUUGGAAAACUAUGUUGUUGUUGUUUUUCUAUUAAUUUAAGGACAGUGAAUUAAAUAGAUGAUUUUAUGUGUUGGUGAAAACCCAACGUAGUUAUAUUGCCUCCUGUCUCUGUAACACGUUAAAAUUGUUGGUAAAUAUUUUGAAAUGGAGGCCUUAUAUACAGAUUAGGCAUAAGCAAACUAGAGGCUCAGAUUUGUGAGUUGUGAGCACAAAUGGCCAAAUUAAUGACUCUUACCACAAAUUUAAGACCCCAACCUAAAAUUAUUAGCCAUGAGCACAGAGAUAGGUUCCACAAACCAUCAAUCCAAAUUGUUGGUGUGGUAAUUUUAUGUUGGGGUACUUAAUUUAUGGCUUGAGUCAUUUGUGUUCCAAAUCUAAGGUUUGUGUUAGCAAGCACAAGUUUAAGAGAGAUGGAAUGGGAAUUAUUUUCAGUGAAAGUAUUGUAAGUUGCAUUAUGAAGUAUAUUUGUACUGUUACAUUUAUAAGGGAUAAAGGCACAACUGAAAAUAUGAUCAAUACAAUUAUGAAUAAUCUGCAGGUUGCAAGCAAUGCAGUGGAUUAGUAAUAGGUUCAAUUUUUAUGGUAGAACAGAUGUGUAGCAUUCCAAUAUGUUCAACUGUUUAGUCCUGUUGACACCUUUGUAUCAGUUUAAAUGCCAUAGUUUUUCUGAACAGUGAGAUAACCCUUUGCUUUAUUAGCUUCACAUUAAUAAUAUAAAGUUGCUGUUCAUAUUUUGCAUAUUGCUUAGAGCUUAGUCACCAUUUGUUCAAAAAGAUGAGCUCUUAGUAAUGCAAUGCCACAACUCAGAUACAUGUACUAUAAUUUGCCAUUCAGUGCAAAGGUAGAUAUAUUAUUUUAGCAAAAAAAAAAA